UCUGGCAGCGUGCUGUCUAUUCUAGGGCGUAACAUCAGUUCUGUGUACACUAGAUUUCCAGCCUUUAUCCAAGAAUGGCACAAGUAAUGCUUGUCGCUGCAUUUAUGCUAAGCUCAGUUUCAGCGGACCUGAUGCUUUUGUCUAAUGGCGUCGGACUAAAGAUCCAAAGUACAUCAGGAAAGAUGAUUCUCUACUCGGAGGCUAAGUUCCCGCUACAAUCUCCUGCCGCAACGAUAACAUUUGAAGCCUUGAAAGAGGUCGACGGCGAUGGCAACGAAGUGGGAAAAGAUGACGGCAAUCAGAAACACGCAUUCGAUAACUUUGCGGCCCAGGAUUUUGAGACCAGUAACACAGUGGACGUGGUGUAUCAGGGUAUAAAAGCAGUUGCUUUUAAAUUCACCACUAAAAUCACCAGUGUGGAUGCCACUUUCACCAUCCAAGUCCGCAUUUUCAAGGAAAGUGGUUCCUAUGUGUGGGGUGAUGAGGAGAUUGAAGUGAAACAAGGAACUAUGAAGUUCAAUAUUUUGGUUAACGGCUGGAAAUUCUGUGGAGAUUCUGGUGCAUCCUGCAGAAGGAAUGAAACAGGAAGCCAUCUCGACUCCAAAUUUUGCGUCCAAGCGAGAGAGAAAGGCGAAAAGAUGAGCCAAUCAUCUGGCGAGAAGGGACCGAAAGGGAAGGACAAGGCCGGCCGUUACUCCUUUGGGAACGUUUUCGUGGACAUACCUAUUGGAGUUCUGAAGGACGGCGUGGAUGCCAACAUGCCUAGUGGUUUCCCUAAACUGAGUACGAAUGAAAGCACCACCUGUUUCACAGUGCGUUUCCCCAAGUUCAACGAGACGGCGCUCUUCGACCCUGCGGUGACUAAGAAUGUCGACUACGUGCCGCUGCCACAACCGACUCAGGGCGUCUCUCCAAAAACCAGCUCUCGAAGCGGAGCGUCUUCUAUCAAGUGGAGCGUUGCUGUUGUCCUGAUCAACCUUGUGGCUGCUUGGUGAAACAAGCUUUGUUCACAAGAUAAAGUAAAAAAAAGUUGAUUUUCUGCUA